AUGCAUAUUCCACUGACCGCUGUUGGAUUUGGAAAUGAGUGUGAUAUUGUCCCCUCCCGGCCGUUCUCACGGGUCCAUGAUAUCGCUUUGUGUUGUGUGCAGGCCCCGGACACAGUCCGUGUUGUCUACCAAGUGUUGCGUCAAUUCAGCAAGAUCUACAGCAUGAACCUGGCCUCGGUCACAUGGCCCCGGGACAAGGUGGAGCAUCUCAGGCUUCUCCUGGCUGGGCAGAUCAGAGAGCUGGAAAACUGUGUGAGGAACACAGGCUCCGAGACCCGGCCACGGAGAAGCGCCGCGGUUCACAACUACUUCAGGAAACUCGGCAAGUUUCUUAAACGGAAGAGAUUCAGCGCGUGCGCCUGGGAAAUAACGCGCGCCGAGACCAGGGCGUGUUUACAACAAUUGCCUCUAGUAAUGACAAGAAUCAACGAGACGAACUGA